GCUGUCCCUACUGAUUUGCCGUAGUCAUUCAUAUCACGGAAGUUAUUUUGAAAUUGAUAAGAAAUAGCUAGUUGGCUCGAAAGAAUAACAUUUAUUGUGAAUUAUUCCACCUGUCAAGACGAUGCAGGGCCGGCAGAUAAAACAAUGUGGCCUUUCCUCACUGACUCUUUUGGCCACAUUUCUCCAUUGUAACUGUUUGCCACACAGUACUGGUGGAAAGCCAUUUCCAGAGACCGCUAAAGAAAUUGCCAGCUAUGCAAAAGUAGCCAAGAGCAUCAUAGACUUGGCUGUGUAUGGCAAAGCCCAGAACCGCUCCUAUGAGAGACUGGCAGACUUCACAGAUACAAUAGGGAACCGUGUCAGUGGCUCUAAGAACCUGGACCUGGCUAUCAAGUAUAUGUUCAGUGCCCUGAGGAAGGAUGGGCUGGAGAACGUACAUCUAGAACCAGUGAAGAUCCCACACUGGGUCAGGGGAGAGGAGAGCGCCGUGAUGCUACAGCCCUGGAAUCACACCAUGGCCAUCCUUGGACUGGGCAGCAGUGUGGCUACACCCCAAGAAGGCAUUGAAGCAGAGGUGCUGGUGGUGGAGUCUUUUGAGGAGCUGAAAAAAAUGCAGAAGGAAGCCAUUGGGAAGAUCGUGGUGUAUAACCAGCCCUUUGUCAGCUAUGGGGAGACAGUGCAGUACAGGGAGUUUGGGGCAUCCAAGGCAGCGGAAGUAGGAGCUGUGGCUACUCUCAUCCGGUCCAUCACACCCUUCUCCAUCAACAGUCCUCACACAGGCUGGCAGGACUACCAGGAGGGAGUGCAGAAGAUCCCUACCGCCUGUAUUACAGUGGAAGACGCCAUGAUGAUGGCCAGGAUGGCUAAGCGAGGCCAGAGGAUUGUGGUCCGACUCACCAUGAACGCCCAGACCUUCCCUGAUGCUGACUCCUUCAACACUGUGGCUGAGAUCAUCGGCAGUGAGCACCCAGAACAGGUGGUGCUGCUCAGUGGUCAUCUGGACAGCUGGGAUGUGGGCCAGGGGGCCAUGGAUGAUGGUGGUGGAGCGCUCAUCUCCUGGGAGGCCUUGUCUCUGCUUAAAGACCUGGGUCUGCGCCCCAGAAGAACCCUCCGGACAGUGCUGUGGUCUGCAGAGGAGCAGGGAGGGGUUGGAGCGCAACAGUACUUCCAGCUUCACAAGGUGAACAUCUCUAACUUUAACCUAGUGAUGGAGUCUGACCAGGGUACCUUCACCCCCCUGGGGCUGCAGUUCACAGGCUCAGUCCAGGCCCGGGCUGUCAUGGCUGAGGUGAUGAAGCUACUGAAGCCCAUCAACACCACCACCCUGGAGGAACACGGAGAGGGAAUUGAUAUAGAGAUGUGGAUGGAUGCCGGCGUGCCAGGAGCCAGCCUGCACGUUGCAGACAGUAGAUACUUCUGGUUCCACCACACCAACGGGGACACCAUGUCUGUUCAGAGCCCCAUAGAAAUGAACCUGUGUUCGGCCCUGUGGGCGGUGGUGGCCUACGUAGUGGCUGACCUGGAGGAGAUGCUGCCCAGGUAGUCCACUAGGACUGUCCUGCAUCCCAAACGGCACCCUAUCCCCUGUAUAGUUUUGGGAGAAGAAUGCACUAUAGGGAAUAUGGUGCCAUAAAAAUGCUUUACUGUUGUUUGUCCUCCAGAAGGGCUUCCUGCAGUAACCUCUCUGUGAAAUUAUACCCCACUCUGGUUAAGUGGCUAAAGAAGAAUUAAUAGUGUGUAUACAAUGUACACAAUGUACACAAUGGAAUGAAGUAUUUCUGGCAUAUUAUUUCCAGUCAAUGUCUUUUAUAAUGGACACGUAUGUACUGCAUGUUUCAUGGUGACUGUCAUUAUGUCUAAUCUACCAAUAAAGCUGUGCAUUAAUUAGUCCAAGGUG